AAAAACACAAAAGGGAGCGAGGACAGAGGCUGUAUGAAAUUUCUCCAAUCUGUUUUUCAGCGAGAUGCUAAGGGACAGUACCUGUUUGACCUCAUCUGUCACCACCUCAACCUGCUGGAGAAGGACUACUUUGGCAUCAGAUAUGUUGAUCCAGACAAGCAAAGACACUGGUUGGAGUUUUCCAAAUCAAUUGCCAAACAAAUGAAAUCCCAGCCUCCGUUCACCAUGUGUCUGCGUGUCAAGUUUUACCCACCAGACCCUGCUGCUCUGAGGGAGGAAAUCACCAGGCAGAUGUUUUCUCUGUUUUCAGGUUUGGAGUCUCUGCGCGACAGUGCCCACUCCACACCGGUGCGCUCCGUGUCCCAUGGCGACUCCUUCAUGGCUUCCCGGGGACAGCUGGAGAUCGGCAGCGAGGCGAGCACGUCGGGAGUAAUCUCUGAUGAGAUCUACAGCCCCUCGGACAGCGUGCUGCCCACGCCGGUGGCCGAGCACGGGAUGGAAAUGCCUUUGGCGCGUCACCUCAACGGCGCACCCUGCAGCAUCGACGAGGAGGAGUCGUCACAGAGGGGGGCACUGAAGGAGGGGCCAGUGGCAGAGUCCGGCUCUGGUAGGAGAGUGCUGCGCGUGGUCAGGGCAAAGCCUUCAUCACAAAGCGAUGUAGAGGAGCUGAACAAGUUCAUCCUCAGCGUGCUGCGCCUGUUCCUGGUCACCAUCGGCCUGCUGUUUGCCCUGCUGCUGCUUCUCAUUAUGCUGACCGAGUCAGACCUGGACAUCACCUUCCUCAGAGACAUCCGUAAGACCCCCGAGUUCCAGCAGUUCCAUUUUGAAUAUUUCUGCCCUCUGCGGCGCUGGUUCGCCUGUAAGUUACGGUGGAUGGGAGGGUUCCUCGUCAGCAAGUGAGGAAAACUGACUUUAAGCCCUCCUGAUGGAGACAGGAGACGUUCACUGGAUGGGUCAGGAAAUGAGGGGGAGCAGAUGAAGGUGACUGCCUUGUUAAUAAUAUUGGCAUAGCUUCUCUCAUGACUGACUUCCUGUCAGAAACCACAGACUGAAUCAUCACACGCAAAGAAAUCACACUUUACUUUAGAAAUGUACCUAACCUGGAGGACUUUUAUAACACAGUCACAGAAACAGGGUUUAAUUAAAACUAAGUCUUAUAGACUUCACUUAUUUAACCAGAGAUGAUAGUUGCCUUUAUUUUUUAAUUUAUUUAUAAUGUUGUGACAUUAUUAUAAGCAGAAUAACCCCAGGUUUGAGCUGUUUUGUGAGAACAAAAUUUAGGUAAUGUUUUAGUAAAACAAGUACACCACGUUCCAAAUUAUUAUGCAAAUUGUAUUUGAGUGUCAAAGAUUUUAGUUUUUGUUUUUCAUUUAAACUCAUAGAUGGUGUUGUGUCUCACAGCUCGUUGGAUCACUGAAAUUAAUCUGACGCCUGUUAUGAUUAGUUUACCAGGUGAGCCCAGUUAAAGGAAAAACUACUUCCACAUUAUUAAGCAGACCACCAUUUUCAAGCAAUAUGAGAAGGAAAAAGGAUCUCACUGCUGCUGAAAAGUGUGAAAUAGUUAAAUGUCUUGGAAAAGGAAUUAAAACCGUAGAUUUUUCACAAAACCUUAAGCAUGAUCAUUGUUGUGUUAAGAGAUUUAAGGUUGAUUCAGAGCACAGGUUCAUGCAGAUAAAGGUACAAAGUUUCUGUCAGACAAAUACAUUAGAUUAGGAAAGCAGCUGCUAAAAUGCCAAGAACAGAUAUUUGAAGCUGCUGGGCCUCUGGAGUCCUGCAAACAUUGAGGUCUAGGAUCCUCCAGAGGCUUGUAGUUAUGUAGAAAUCAUCUAUUCGGCCACUCCUGACCAAUACUCAGACACAGCUGCAGUGGGCCCAGGAAUACAUGAAAACUAAAAUUAUCUUCAUGCAUGAUGAUCAUGCUGGUUUACAUCCUAUACAAUGGGCCUCAGGCACGAACAUGUUCGUGUUCUUAUACUAAAUUUCUCUUACUUUUGUUUGUAUGAACAUGCCACGUCAGAUUCAACAAACUCUUCUAUCUUUAGGAAAAGUGUGUAAAUGAGCAGCGUAAACUGAAGAAUGCGUAUGCAGGUGCUUGCGCACGGGGAGAGGAGAUUAGCAUAAUUACCACCCCAAAAACACCAUAAAAGGCUAUGUUUCCUGUCCAACAUACCAGGAAG